CUGACAUUUGCUGAACAUCACAGUUCCAUUGUUCAUUGGCAACUUGUUGCUCAAAAGACUGGUGCUAUUUUGAAAUUUGUGAGCUUAAGUAAAGAUGAAGUUCCAGAUAUCAACGUGUUGAAGGAAAUGUUGUUGACGAAAACAAAACUUGUAGUAGUCCAUCAUGUCUCUAAUAUGCUUGGUUUCAGAAUGUCAAAAUGUUUGUUGACACUGCUCCAGAAGUUGAGGCACUGAUGGACACUACUCUAGAAGUUAAGGCACCUAUUAACACUAGUACUUUGCAUGAGACACCUACACUUUCACUUUCUAUUCAUCCUGAGCCACUGAAGAAAGAUGUUAAGUGCAAAUUAUACGUUGGGCAAGGUGGUGUUGUUGUGGCUCUUAGAUGGGUGGUGGCUACCAAAGGCAAUGUACAUGGGAAAAUUUUAGCACUUGGUAACUAUCGCGUGGUUAUUGAUAAAUGUCUAGAUGGGAGUGCGAAACUACCUGUCUCAGUUGGGGAUGGGACAACUCUUGUGGUUCAUGCGGUCAACAGUUUUGUUGCUUGGCCAUCGCAUCUGAUCAUUUCUUAUGAUCAUGAAUAGGAACCCAAGAGACUAAAGAGAAAGAGGAUUUCAGCAGCUUGUUUGCCAACACAAGACCUAAAACAUCCUCCACAACAGCUUCCCACUACUCAAGAAGAGGUAGGAUCAAGUAUGGCUAGUAAGCUGUCGAUUAUCUUCAAGGUUUCCAUUGGACUUCCCAUGUUUUUGAAGAUACUUUUGGGUUCAGUUAAGUACGUAGAACCAGGAUUCAUGAUUGACAUUCUUAUGGAGACCAAUAUUAUGGGUGAACAAUAUAACUUAUAUAUCUCAGAUGAGGAUAUAGUACACUUUGGACUUAUGGAAGAAAUCAGUGCGUUUUGCAUUUCAUUCUAUAUCAGUAUAAUAUAUUCCGAGUUGUGCGAUAGAUAUAUAUCCCACUUUUUUGGUUUCAUUGAGCCAUCGUGGUCAUUGAGAAUUGGAACAAAUAUGGAUAAUCGGGCUGAAAUUAUCUUAGAGCGUAUCAACAACACAGUGAUGGGUCAAACUUGGUUAAUGCCAUACCAUUUAUUACGUCACUGGAUGUUAGUGAUCAUUGAUCCAGAUGACGAUACAUGUUACCAUCUUGAUCCACUUAAAAAAUCCCCUCCAAAUGAUUUGAAGAACCUUAUGAAUAGUGUCUCUUCACACAUUAAGCAAAAGACAGGAAGGAAUGAAAAAAAGUACAAGUGGAAAAUAGUCAAUUUCCCUCGUCAAACAUCUUCAGUAGAGUGCGGCUUUUAUAUCAUAAGGAUGAUGAAGGACUAUUGCUUGAAUGAGACACUCAUGCGAUGAUUAACUUGUAAUUAUGGUGGGAAGAAUAUAUAUAUACUUGGUGAAAUUAAUGAAACUCGAAAUAAAUGGGCAGCCAGGCUUCUUGAGCGGAUGAGUCAUAGCUAUGGUAACUUUUGAAAUUAGAAUUAAAAAAUAUACUAAUUGUAGUUUUUAGUUAGCACUUACAUAGUUAUUCCAAGUGUAUAUUUUGUUCUUGUAAUUUUUAAAUUUGGAACAUACUGAGUUCUAUUGAUUAUUUUGUCUGCUUAUUGAUUCUGUCAGAACUAUGUUGUAAUUACACAGGAAAUUAUAAAGGAAUAUAGUGGUUGAAAAUAGAGAAAUGAAAAAA